GGUCCGCCCCUGGUCACAGCCAUGGAGGCUGAACUGAGACUCCUUCAAUUCUUAUUCGAGGAUGAGAAAGAUAGGGACUGGGUUAUCCACCAAACCCCAUGGCAUAUCAAGGACAGGAUUCUCCAGCUUCAGUCCUGGGAGGCGGUCACUCCAGCAAUGGUGGAAUCAUUGGGAAGUGCUCCAUUUUGGGUAAAUAUUUGGGGAAUCCCCUCACAUUGUCGUACUGUCGCCUUUGGUCGUCGUAUGCCAGAGGCGAAAUUGGGAGAAGUCUUGGAUGCUGGUCUCUUUGGAAUCAACGGCAUGUCGGGUCAUUUUGUGAAGGUUAUGGUGAAUAUAAACUUGCUGGAGCCCCUACGUUCACAAUUAUUUGCCAGCAACCCAACUGUUGGUUAAAUGAAAACCUUAUACCCUGUCAUGGAGCCCCGUUGCAGAAAACAUUUUAGGUGAACUCGGUGACUCAAGGAAAGAAAAGAACUGGAGAUGGGGUUAAGCUUGGGGAGUCAUCAGCAAGAGAAGGGUCUAUGGUGCUGGCUCUAGCGGCAGAGAAAGGAAAGGGUGCGAUGGAGAGCCAGAAAGUGGCAGGGUCUCGUGAGGUUGCUGGGAAGAUGACUGAUGAUAAGGGGUGACAUAAGGCUUCCCAAAUUGCUUUAUGCCCUCUACGGACUCACAUGAAAAUGGUGGAGGCUUGGAGUAGGAACCUUACGCCUGCAUCAAACCCCUCACAAGUUUUGGCAAUGAUGAAUCACAGAUUGCUUCGCCAUCCUAACAUAAUUCGCUUUAAGGAGGUUCCUUGCCCAGCAAUCACUCUCCAAUCUCUGCAUUUUGUUUUCUUUGGUGCAAUUUUGAACUACAUUAGUGUUUUAAUUGCCUUUUUCCUUUUGAGGGUGUGUAAUUUUGCUGCAGGUCCUCACUCCAACCCAUCUAUCUAUGCGUCAUGGAGUAUGCUGCUGGUGGGGAGCUGUUUGGUGAUAUUGUAGGUUCUUUCAUUUUCUCCUCGCACGUAUACUUAAUUUGCUUAGUUACAACGGUAUGUCGUUGGAGCUAAUGUUGGGGUGUUGGGGGAAUUCGGGGUGCUUGCACUUGGCUAUUUCAUCUUAAGGAAAUCAAUUCCAUCCAACAAAUGAUUUCAUUUUUAGUAAGCAUGCCUAUAUGUGUGAUGAUCAUUCAAGGACUUUUUUUUAAGGGAAUGCUACUCAUUUGAUGGCCAUCAAUUGUCAGAGUCAAGCAACAAUGUGCGUCAAACAUUAGUAGAAAAAUCACUUUAUUGAGCUACACAAAAUAGUUGAUACCGCUACCAACUUUACGGACUCAAAGAGUUGGGAUAAGAGGAUUUGGACCUAUAUACAAACUUGAUUUACAUUGCUGUAAACUGAUGAGAACCACAAAUGUUUCCUGUUGCGUUGUUAAACUUUAUAUAUUGAUCGUAGUAUUUAUUCUGUCAUUCUAAUUAUUUAGGGUGUAAUGAUAGACAGACAAGUGAUUGUCAAGAGCCUAUCAAGCAAUUCUGGCCGACAAUUAAAGUAUAUGAUCUUUUCUUCAUGCAACCGUCAGCUGGAUAUAAUCUUUCUACUAUGAUCAUGUUUUCUCCAGGUAUUUUGUGGUUCUUUUCAGUUAUCUAUAUAUCAGAUUUGUCUGCUUUUUGUGAACAACAACAUGCUUUCUGUCAAUGUUUACUUAUCUUUCCUUGCUAUCUGCUCUGAAAUUCUUCCAUUCUGUCUUUGUUUGUACUUGAGAUAGAACCUACAAAUUAAUACCAACCCUCAUAUGUUAUUUGUUUCAUAAUUAAGGAUCUGAUGAGAUUACGCAAGCGAGCCAAGAAGAAGAUGAAAAAUUCAGACAAAAGAAAGAAGCAAAUUAGAGGAAAGCCAUGGUAGUUCUUACAUAGUUGAAACAAGAAGUUAUGAAGUAGGAAUAAAAUUUCAAUUUCUAAAUCUUCAUCCUUCCUUAGAUUUGUUAGAUUAUUUAUUGGCAUUGGUCACACCGAUUUGCUUUUCCUUUAAGGCAUUAGCUACACGCUUGACCUAUUUUCGUUGUUGUAACAAAUUAGUGCUUUAGCGAUUCCUGAUUUUUUGUGGUUCUUAUUUUUGUGGUUUUGUUUACUUUUAUGUAUUCUUGAGGUUGGAUAGACAUCAGGUCUUCAUAAUUUGUUGUUCCACUGUAAUUUGCUUUCUAAAUAUGCAUGGAAUUAUAGGAGUUACCUAAGAAUUCGAUGGAAACAAUUUUAGAUCCCAAAUUUGUUGAUGCCGCCUCAUUUGUUUGUGGAAACUACAUAUUCAGCAUGAUUUAUGUCCCUUACCCAAAGGAGUUUGACAUGAUUUGAUGAUCUUUCUAGCAUAUGUAAUAACAUGCUCAAUGUGCAUAUUUAGUUCUUCAAUUUAAUAUCCUGCUCAAUGUAGCUCAACCGAGCUAUAGGAUUCUUUGCCUCAUUUGUCACUCAAAGGUGUAUACUGCACUCCCGUAGAUGAAUUGGAGUCUUUGAGUUAAUGAAUUUUGUGCUCUAUUUUCUAAUUUACACUAGCUGAAGCAUCAAAUUUUUUGUUCUGGAUGAGAAAUGGAUCCGUUUAGAAGUUUGUAAAAUCAUUCAAUGUGCCGAUGAGAUGCUAUCAAACAUAAAAAAAAGGUUUCUAAAGAUGCUAUCACAAAGGGGAGCUUCAUUUCCAUCCUUUUCUCUUUCUCAUUAAUUAGCUGUGGCAUAGGUUUAGAUGGUUGCAGGAAAUUAUUAAUGCCCUGUGUAUUACAGUUUGUUUAGUCACAAAAUCACUUUGCCGUUGAAUUGUUUGCAUCUAUCUCUCUUUCAGGUCGAAGAUAUGAUCGAUCUUCUUUUGUUUUAGUGUUGUUGCACUUUCUUUAUCCUGCUAUCAUAAUUCCCACAAAAAUGCUAGAGUCUUCUGUGAUGUGUGUGCAUUUCAGAAAAGAGUUAACUUGCUUCUGACCAGUAUGUUUGUUCCUCUUUCUUUACAUUGUCAGCUUCCCACUCUUACAUAUAUAAUGUUACUGAUAAUCUGAUAUACGUUCUCCUUGCUUCAGGCACUUGCCUGUCACCUCCUGCUGAUUUCCCUGUAUCUGUGACUGUGAGCUAGAGCGUGUUCGUAGCAGGGACCAAAAAAUUACGCCAAUCAAACACAUAUUGUGGUCAUGGCCAUUCAAGUAGUUCUCCAGUUAAUGAUUUGGUUAUGGCCGUUCAAGAGCAACAUAAUUGUGCUAUAAGGAAAUUACAAAGUCAUAGGUGCAUUCGAGGAGUUUUGGAGGUUUACAAUUGGUUGUCCAAUUUGUCGUUAUCAAGACUGGUCACAAUGCGAUUAUGUUGCCAUAAGUUUAGUUCUCGUAGCAGCGGUUAUUGAUUCAAGUAUCUUAUUGAUUUUUAACUCUUAAAUCAUUUACACUUUCGUUGGUUACCUUACCUUUUUAACUCAACCAACACACCAAGGGUGGUGGAAUUAACUAGUAGAGUACAA